UGAGGUUUCUUAACCGAUGGGCAAACAACACCCAAACCCAAAAUAGCCAAUCCCCAACAAUCUUUUGCUUGCUUUAUUUCUAAUCCUCUGACCUAACUUUUAUCCUCAUUCUUCAAUCUGUUGGAACCCCAACAAAUUGAUCCCUGAAAAGGGUUUUUCGAAAAUCGUCUGUGCUGUAAUGGGUCAUGAAGUGGUUGCUAUGGCUUCGUCGCCUCCACCGGCGACGUCGUGGGCAUCUGGGUUUAGGUUUCAUCCCCCGGAUAAGGAGCUGGUGAUGUACUAUUUGAUGUGGAAGGCUUGUGGGAAGCCAUUUCGGUUCCAUUGGCAUGAAUGCGAAAAUCGAAAGUUAGAAGCUUCAUGUUGUUGUUUUUGUUGUGUCGGUGAGACUUGUUAUGUGGUUGUUGGGUUACACCAAACUGGUAAUCUUUGUGUAGUGUUUUGUGGUGGUUAAUGCUUUGAUGGUUAUGUUAAGAAAAGGAAAACUUUGUUCAUAACAAAAAAAAAAAAAAAACUGUACAUUGAAACCAUCAACUAUGUAUUUUACGAAUUAAGCCCAAUUUGCUGAAACUGUACAUCGUUAAACUAACACAAUGAAAUUAUUGAUGAGUUGUAUUUUAGCAAAAAAUCGCUUUUUUUUAAUACUAAGUAGUGAGUUAAGUUGGUUUACCAGGUG